AUGAUUCUAGCGCUUGUUGUAGCUUUCGCGUAUUCGGAAGAAAGACAAUUAUUCAAGAAGAGAGCUAACUGGUUGCAGUUUUUGAAAGUGAAAGUAUCGGUCGAUGAGACCGACAGCCAUUUUUCAUCAGAAGAAGGUAAACAACAUCAAAACUUUCAAAAAGUGAUCAAUAAAGAAAACGAAAAUAAAGGCGAUGGCGAACACGACAGUUUUUCAAUUGUGGAACUUAAAAGUCCCAAUCAAUAUACCAAAGAUCUUGGAACUGACUCAGAAACGUUUAAUCAAAAGCAAAUGGCACCGUCGGCCGCAGUAGUAGAAAAUGAUGAAAAUAUCACAAUCGGUACAACAAAAGAAAAACAGGUGGUAGGAGAGAAACAGCAAAUGGGAGGCCCUAUACCGAAUAAUAAUAAUGUAUACACUGUGUUAAAUGAGAAGGGAAGAAUAGGACCGAAUUUCGAAGUAAUAGAAAUAAUGAUGGAACAACCUGAUCUAACACAGGAUAACAAGCUUAUGGCUCAUAAGAACACAGCUCUAUUAGAAAAAGAAGUUAUGGUGAUUGACAUAAGUCAGUUCGAUGAAGAAGAACUGCGUCAGCGUCUAACGAAUAUCAGCAAUUUAGAGGGAUUGGCAGUAGAUCGACACAGAGAUUUGGGUAGUAGUUUCAUCCUUCCCAUAUUAGCAAGUUGCGAAUAUGAUAAUAAUUCGGCUCCCCUGAUUUUCUCAGAUGUUCCUGUUAAUGUAGUGGUUCAACUAAAUAUAUUAUACUUGGCUAAUUUUGAUAGUGCUUUAAUGGAAUAUACUACGGAUAUGGAAAUGGAAUUGACAUGGUACGACCUAAGAUUGGCCAAUAACUAUAGCCAACCUAUUCGAAUUCGCGAGAAAGAAAUUAUGGAUAAAAUUUGGCGUCCAGAUCCCUACUUUGUUAAUUCUAAAUUCAGUUAUUUCCACCAUGUUUCGUUUCCUAAUUUUCGGAUGCGUGUUAUGCCGAGUGGUUUAGUAACUUACACUAUGAGGGUAUCAUCUGUUUGCAACUGCUUUAUGACAUUCUGUCUGUAUCCUCAUGAUCGUCAGGUUUGUGACCUCAUUAUAAGCUCAAUUGCAUAUCCCUCUUCUUUUGUACAAUUCCAUUGGCAUUCAAAACCAGUUCAUUUUCAAUCACGAAUCGCCCUGCCUGAAUUGCAUUUGGAACGUCUCUAUACAGAACCAUGUGUUGUAGAGGGAAAAUUACUGCCUUCGUCUAGCCUUCGUUUAAUUUUCGUGCUCGAAAGAGAUGGGGGACGAGCAGUUGUUGAGAAAUAUAUACCCAGCACUUUGGCAAUGAUGUUCGCUUGGGUUGCACCUUAUGUGCCAUAUAAUUAUGAAGAAGUUCGAAUCGUCACUCCUAUUACGGUUUUACUGACGUUGGUACAAAUGGAAAAAGGGGACCAAGAAAUUCGCACUUCAUAUCUGACUUCAAUAGACAUUUGGUUCGCGGCCAUGAAAAUGUUCACAGUUUUCUCAUUGAUCGAAAGUUUGACUGUAUUAGCUUUGAUAAAGCAAAGCAGAGCAAUGGAAAAAAACGCAACAAGGGCUUCAAACGAGUUUGAACGACUUCAAUGCAAAGCCGAAGCUUAUCGUUUGACGAAACUAUAUCAUCGACUGGAUUCUAUCUGUAGAUUUGUCUCCCCUUUGGUUUUCGUCAUAUUCUUCGUAUAUUAUGUUCUUUUUAUAGCACAAGGCGAUGAAUCGGGAUGCUUACGAAAACAACAGUUUUCUUUGUCGAAUCCCUUCUUUGUCUGA